AUGCGCAAUGUCAUCCACGAACAUACAGGUCGCUGGGUAUCAACGACCGCAAUAUGGAAUAAGCUACGAGAGAUGUACGACCUGGAAGGUAUUGAGAAGUCGCAACGCGAAGCGCUUGAGGAAGAAAGGCCGUCUGUACCACCGCCAACAGCCGAGGACGAUGCUCUUGCUUCGCAUCCCUUCUUUGAGAACGAGUUCAACCUGCUUGACUAUGACGAUUACCACCUGCGCGUUGCCGAACGUGCCCAGCGAUCGACGCAGUCUUCGCCCGCUGCCUCGCCUGCCGAUACGACGCGCGAGAAGCCCAAGCAGGGCCGCACCCGCAAGCGCCCACGCACAGACGACAGCGACAUCAGCGAGCUCACGCAGGAAAGCGGUGAGGAGCCGACGGCGGAUACGCCGAUGGACAGCGGGGUGACGGGCACGGAUGGUGGCACGGACGCGGGAGAUGAUGAGGAAGCGGGAAUGUCGACGACCCCUGCGCCGAAGAAACGCGGCAAGCCAGGGCCGAAGCCAGGACGCGGUCGCGGCGCGGGCACGUCGACGCGAGGCAAGAAGAAGAGACGCGGAGGCUAG